AUGCAGAACGCAACUCGAUUAGAAGCUGAACGAUUACUCGGAAUCUCAGAGAAGCUAUUACAGAACCGAGAUCUAAUGGGUUCUAAAGAAUUCGCAAUCUUAGCACAAGAAACCGAACCUCUUUUUGAAGGCUCCGAUCAGAUCUUAGCCAUCGUCGACGUUCUCAUCGCCUCCGAGAAACGCAUCAACAACAACCCUGACUGGUACUCCAUCCUCCAAAUUGACCGCCGAUCCGACGACGGAGACCUCAUCAAAAGACAGUACCGCCGUCUCGCUCUUCUUCUGCAUCCGGAUAAAAGCCGGUUCCAUUUCGCCGAUCAUGCUUUCAAGCUUGUUGCUGAUGCUUGGGCGGUUCUCUCCGAUCCAAUCAAGAAGUCUCACUAUGAUAAAGAGCUUUCGUUUUUCUCUCGGGUUGAUUUGUCUGUUCCCGGUUGGGUUCAGCAAGAUAACGUGCCGGUGUCAGGGUCAGGGCCGGUUCGUAAAACCGGUCCUGGCCCCAUCCCCGUACCGGGACCGGAAACUGGAACCCGUCAGCGAAACAGUGCUGCCGCUGCUAGAGAUGGAAUAGCCGCUGAUGAAAACGCGCGUCGUAGGAACGCAACUUUUUGGACUGCUUGUCCUUACUGUUACCGUUUGUACGAGUUUCCUAGGGUUUAUGAGGGUUUCUGUUUGAAAUGUCCUAAUUGUGAAAGAUCUUUUCAUGGUGUUAAUAUUCCGUCUCUGCCUCCGUUAGUUCCGGGGCAAGACGCUUAUUAUUGUUGCUGGGGUUUUUUUCCGAUGGGUUUUGUGCUUGGGAAUGUUGGUUCAGAGGAAAAAGAGACUGAGCUGGCUCCCGAAGUUGUGCCGGAGCCGGAGACUGAGACGGUUCCGGUGCCAAUAUUGGUUCAGCCUGCUGUUCCGUAUCAGCCUGCUCCAGCUUCGUAUCAGCCGGCUUCAUCGCUGCCGAAUUGGAUGCCGGCACCUGUGCCCGUGCAGAACGGUGGGAAUAAUGUAAUGCCAGUUGCACCAAUGGACGUUGUGGUUGCUACGCCUGCGAGGGUGACAACGAGAUCAGCUGCUGUAACAGGUGUUGUUUCAAAUGGUGUUGCUGCUAGGGGUUCGGGAUCUGGUAAGAAGCGUGGAAGGCCGAGGAAGUAUUAUUGA